AUGUCUGCUAGGAUAGCACGAGACAGUCUCCAUUUUUUCUGCAAAACUGUGAUUCAGUUUUAUAGUCCAAAAUAUUUACGUAAGUCUACACGUAAUAUCAUCCUGCAAUUGCAAGCUCAUCAUGCUAGUGUGCAUGGGUUUCCUGGAAUGCUAGGAAGCUUAGAUUGUCUCCAUUGGGCAUGGGAAAAUUGUCCUACAGCAUAUCAUGGUUGCAUCACAAGAUAUGUGAAUUUGGCAUGCUUUUUUGGUUCUCCUGGUUCGAUUAACAACAUCAACGUUCUUAACCGUUCACCAAUAUUUAACAACAUAUACGAUGGAUCCGCACCAGAUUCUUCUUUUCAAGUGCGUGGAACGCCAUAUAAGUAUGGUUAUUAUCUGGUCGAUGGAAUCUAUCCUGAGUAUGUUGUGUUUGUUAAAUCGUUUUCAGCUCCACAUGGUUCUAGACGAAAGAAAUUCAAGAGAGCUCAAGAAAGAGCUAGGAAGGAUGAUGAGCGUGCUUUUGGAGCUCUGAAGAAACAGUGGUUCAUAUUGAAUAAACCAGUAGCUUAUUUGGGCGAGAAAAAACUUCAAGAAAUCAUGUAUACAUGUAUUAUAUUGGAUAACAUGAUUAUUGAAGACGAAGGAAGAACGAUAUGUGCGUUUGACGAGGAAGAAAUCAUACCAGAGACACAGCCAAUAGAAAUUGGUGGCGAAGAGUAUAUAAACAGGAGAGCAGAGAUACGUUGCACUGAAACAUUUCACAAUCUUCGCAAUGACUUGGUGGAAUACAUUUACGGGGUUCAAAACAUUAACCUUAAUUUGGAUCCACCGGAUGACCCCGAAUACGAGUUCUCGAAGAACGACUUUAUGUAG